CGUCUUCGUCUGGAGACCACUAGCUCCCAAUCACUUCAAGUCUUCACAUAACAAAUGGAACUCGGAAGGACAAAAUGUUCCUAACAAUUAGGAGGCUGUUAACUUGAUUAUCAUCGCUCAUCUUUGUGGAACUGGAGUGUCUGUGGACGGCAUUCUUUGAAGUACAUUGACAGACAUGGAAUCUCCACUAUACAAACUAGUGCACCAACUGUUACCACCACCACCACCACCAUCGCCUCCAUCACCACCACCUUUGCUUGAAAAGCCAUGGAGGGAGCAGGAAUUUAACAUAAGGUAUGAACUUCUGGAAAGAAUCAGGAACUACAAGACUCUGACAGAGUCAGUGGAAGAGCCAAGAAUCCUCCUGAUUGGGCAGAUUGGAGCUGGUAAAAGCAGCUUCUUCAAUUCGGUGAACAGCAUCUUCAGAGGUCAUGUGAUGCUGCAGGCCAUUGCUGGGUAUGGAGACACCAGUGUGAGCAAACAGUACAGAACAUAUCCAGUUCAAGAUGGAAAAGGUGGAAAGAAGCUGCCAUACAUCCUGUGUGACACAAUGGGUCUAGAAGACAGUGACUGUGAUGAAGGGAUCCACGUGGAAGACAUCAUCAGCGUCAUUAAAGGACACGUCCCAGACACGUAUGAGUUCAAUCCCAAGGCACCGAUAACCAGAAAUGACAGGCGCUACAGAGAGGAGCCCAGCCUGGCUGAUAAGGUGCACUGCGUCGUCUAUGUUGUUGAAGCAGACAAAAUCAGCCUCCUCGGUCAAAAUUUGCUGAAGAAGAUGAAGUCCAUCCGGGCCAAAGUAAACAAUAUGGGGAUUCCUCAGCUUGUGUUGGUCACUAAGAUAGACAAAGCCUGCCCUCAAGUUAGAAACGACCUGACCAAAGUGUACAGGAGCCGCUACCUUUAUGAGAAGGUGACUCAGCUUGGACAGAUGCUGGGAGUUCCCGUCUCCUGCAUCUCCCCAGUUAAAAACUACUCAAUAGAGACGGAGCUCAACCUUCAUGUGGACGUUUUGAUCCUGACGGCCCUGCAGCAGAUGCUGAGAGCUGCUGAUGCCUGCUUUGAUGAUAUGAAGCUGAAAGGCCUCGCUCAGCGAAGCAGAUCCUGAUGUUUUUUUAUUUUGCUAUUGUUCAAUAAGUUGAGUGCAUUUGAAAAUAAUUUAUUUUUUACAACAUCUUAAUCCAUAACAGGGUUGGUUUAAUGGGAAUCCCAGUCCUCAUGCACAUUGAGUUGCACCAAUUAAUCCAAGGAUGUGGGAUGACCUGGAGAAGUCAAGUAAAGUCCACGCAGGCCUUUACAAUCAUGAGAGAGCAACGCUAAUCUACACACCAGAGUGCCAGCCGUUUCGAUCAAGUGAAGUUGUAAUGUAGAGAUGUACAAAUUGUUUGAUGUUAGUUUUCUAAAUAUUUGACACGUUUAUUGUCUUACUUUGUUAUCUUUCCCAUUUCACAUUGUUUAACAUAGACGUGUAGUAUUAUGCUUAUCUUGUGAUCUCAGGAAUUAACUAAUAAAGCAUCUUGUAUUAGAGCUCAUUGUACAGGAGAACAAACCGUGUAAAUAAAUAUAAACUGAUAUUUCUAGAA